AUGGAGGAGCUGCACCAGCCUGCUGAGCCAGAGCGCUGUCUUGAGGCAAGAAACUCAGAGAAGAGCGUCAGAGAGAACGGCAGUAUCUCCAGCAGACGUGCUCCAGCACAUCUACCAGUGCACCGGUCCCACAGCCUGGAGAGGCUACUGUACGCCCUUCUUGGUGGAGGAGAACAUGGGGCCACCGUGCUGCCCAAGGCCCACAAGCACAAUGAUAUGCGCCAACGUCCAAAACAACGCCAAGGAAAAAGGAUCCAAGCAGCCAGUAAGAUCCAGGCCUUGUGGCGCGGAUUCCUGGUGAGGCAAACUCUGCUGACUGCUGCCCUCAAUGCCUGGGUGAUCCAGUGCUGGUGGAGGAACAUCCUGCACAGGCAGCUUCUUAAACGGCGGCUGGCGCUGCUGAGGAUAUACGUCAUUGAGGAAGAGGCGGCAGUCAGGCUCCAGGCCUGGGUUCGCAUGUGGCAGUGCCGUCGUUAUUUCAGUCAAAUGUGCAACGCGCUCUGUGUGGUCCAGUCCCUCGAGAGCCACAUUACCUUCCGGAACGAUGACAUCUUUCAGGUUCAAUAUGGAGUUGUUUCCAAGCAGCCUGAGUUCCACAUUGAAAUUCUAUCCCUCUAA